AUGCCGAAGCGGCCUCGCUCCCCCGACGCGCGCCCGUCCAGGCGCAAUAGGCUGAGGCUGGAGGCGGAUGCGGACACGGACGCGCACCUGGCUCCAGAGGUCCCGUCCGCCCUCCGCCCCCUCUUCGACCUCGACGAGCUCUUCCUCCGCGUCCUCGCCUACCUGGGGCCAGCCGACCUCGCGCGCGCGCAAGCGGUGUCGCGCCGCUGGGCGGCUAUUGCUGUUGACCCACAGCUCUGGAAGCGCAUCUACCUCGCAAGAUACCCGCAUCCGCACCACCACGUGCGCGUGUCGCGGAGCACACGCAGCACGCGGAGUGCGAGUGGCACCAGUGGGGGAAACACGCCACUGCGCCCGCUCGCGCGCCUCCCGAGCCGCGCUUUUCCACCGCCUAGCCCCUCGCCAUCGCCGGCGCCCGAAGAGUGGGAGGUUGCCGAGGCGCGCCACGACGGCGUCGACUGGAAGCUGAUGAUGCGGCUGGGGACGAACUGGUCAAACGGCGCCGUGCUCGCAGAGGCGCGUGUCCCCCUCCCGCCCUCACCUGCCUCCCUCACGCGAGAAGAACCAGGCGACGCGCACGCGCAACACCUCGCCCUCUUCCCGAGCUUCAUCUGCACGUCCAACCCCGCCUCGCCACUAGUGCACGUCUAUUCCGCCCGCCCCGGCGCGCCGCUCGGCAUCAUCCCGCCUCCGCCGGGCUGGUCAUCUCCCCACCGACCAGACCACGUCACCGCCAUCGCCGCCGACCAAGCCGUCGCGUCGCGGCCGCGAGACGGCGCAGCCCUUCCCGCCCGCCUCGUCAUCCUGUACGCGUCCGGUGGCUUUGCAAUCGUCCGCCUCCGCCUCGCCGACGCCGACACACUCCAUUGGUCGCGUGAGGCAGUGUGGGCGCGCCGCGCCCGCCCACCCCGCCGCGACGCCUCGCUUGACGCCGACCCCGUCGUCCUGGCCAGCAUGCACCACCCAGCCCUGGUGACAUGCACGCGCGCCUUCGUGCUGUCCGUAUACAGCCUGGCGUCGGGCGAGCCGACGCUCCUCCGAGUGCUGCGUAGCGCCGUAAGCUUCCACCCCGCCUCGCUUUCGCUCUCGCCCGACGGCGAGCGAUCCAAAGAGGGAGGAACCACACGCUUCCGCGCAGCCCUGACGUACACGGCCCCGAUCUACCCCGCGUCAUGGACGCUCGCGGUGCAAGAGCUGCAAGUCGACAUCGCGGGGCGCGUAGCCCGCACCGAGCCGCACACCGUCGUCCCGUCCCCCGACUCGGCGUGGCCGCGGCGCGUGCGCCCGCUCGCGGGCGUCCGCCGCCCCGUCGGCGUCGGCAGCGACGGGCGGUGGUGCGUCCUCGCGGGCGACGACACGGUUGUGUACGUCUUCGCGCUGCCGCGUGGUCGGGGGACGAUCGCGCAUGCGCAGACGCUGCUUGCGCCCAGCGCGGGCGUCGCGUCCCUCGCCCUCCAGGCGGGCCGGUGCGUGAGCGGAGGCCGCGACGGGCGCGUCCUUGUUUGGGACCUGGAUGAGGGCGGUGAAGGCGGGGAGGGCGGUGAAAGCGAGGUGGGUGAGGUGGGUGAGGCGCGUGUUGGCCGGAUCGACGCUGUCGAAGUCAGGCGACAUGGACGGCGCCAGCAGCCUAGGGCGGCGGGUGGUGGUGUUAUGAAGGAGAGAAGUGGCAGCGACGUCACGGAGAGCAGGGAAAGUCUGGAUGAUGCUCAGCUGCACCACCCUACCGCCAUCUCGCAUGUCGCCCGCGGGCUCUUUCUCGCGACGCCGCCUGCCACCCUCCCACCAGCCGAGACACCGACGGCUACAGACGGCGCAUCUGCGAUCCGCCAACUCGCGUUUGACGAGGAAAAGAUAGUGGGCCUCGUAGACGGCCCCGGGGGCGACAUCAUGCGUGUGUGGAGCUUUGGAUAG